AUGGAUUUGUACCUGAUUGGAUAUUUGCUGUGCGCGUUGCUGUGCGGCUCGCGGGUGCUGGGAGGCUAUCCCAUUUGGUGGUCCCUAGCCCUGGGGCAGCAGUACUCAUCUUUGGGUACCCAACCCAUCCUGUGCGGCUCCAUCCCAGGUCUGGUACCCAAGCAGCUCCGCUUCUGCCGCAACUACAUCGAGAUCAUGCCCAGCGUGGCCGAGGGCGUCAAACUGGGCAUCCAGGAGUGCCAGCACCAGUUCCGGGGGCGCCGCUGGAACUGCACCACCAUCAAGGAUAACCUGGCCAUCUUCGGCCCGGUGCUAGAUAAAGCAACCAGAGAGUCGGCGUUUGUGCACGCCAUCGCCUCGGCCGGCGUGGCCUUCGCCGUGACUCGUUCCUGCGCCGAAGGCACGUCCACCAUGUGCGGCUGCGAUUCCCAUCACAAGGGACCGCCCGGAGAGGGAUGGAAGUGGGGCGGCUGCAGCGAGGACGCGGAGUUCGGCGUGCUGGUUUCCCGGGAAUUCGCAGACGCUCGGGAGAACCGACCCGACGCCCGCUCGGCCAUGAACCGGCACAACAACGAAGCGGGACGCUCGACUAUCUUGGACCACAUGCAUCUGCGCUGCAAGUGCCACGGUCUGUCGGGGAGCUGCGAGGUCAAAACCUGCUGGUGGGCGCAGCCCGACUUCCGCAUGCUGGGAGACUACCUGAAGGACAAGUACGACAGCGCCUCCGAAAUGGUGGUGGAGAAGCACCGCGAGUCCCGCGGCUGGGUGGAGACCCUGCGUGUCAAGUACGCCUUCUUCAAGCACCCCACCGAGCGUGACCUGGUCUACUACGAGGGUUCGCCCAACUUCUGCGAGCCCAACCAGGAGACGGGAUCCUUCGGGACGCGUGACCGUGCUUGCAACGUGUCGUCGCACGGUAUCGAGGGCUGCGACCUGCUAUGCUGCGGUCGCGGACACAACACCCGGACUGAGAAGCGCAAGGAGAAGUGCCACUGCAUCUUCCACUGGUGCUGCUACGUCAGCUGUCAAGAGUGCAUGCGCGUUUACGACGUGCACACCUGCAAGUGA